AUUAUGAUAGAAAAACCACAACAGAUUGCAUACAUUUCUUUACCUUGCGAACUGGUUUGUUUUUAUAUGACCAAAAGGCUAUGGCGCAUGCGUUUUAGUACAUGUUCUAAAUCGUUACCAGGACGAGACCGACGACGACGAGUUGUUAUUAUUCUUCUUUGGCAGGAUCCGAGUUUUAACUCAAUAGAUGAGAAAGUUUUCCACCACUCUUCAGUGAUGAGACAAAAACCUACAUUUGGCAGUGAAGAGCAAACGUGUCCUGCGACAACGAAAUUAGUUUCGUAAUGGAUGGUACAUAUUGUGUUGAAUUUAGGAGCUAGGUUGAACUAAUUUCCGUGUGGUGCAUAAUACUGUGUGAUAAAUAGCUGGUGACCCAGUCUGGUAUAUAAAAAUCAGUGACCGACAAAAAGAUUGUUGCAUGAUUAUGGCUACUCCUUCAUAUAAUGCUGGGGUUGCCCUACCAGAGGAGGAAAUAUUCUAUUCCACAUACGAACCAACAAAAGAAGAAAUUAUAGAAUAUGCCGUGAAAAUCGGUAUAGAUCCUGAAAAAGAAGCUAACAUCAUUUAUCUGGCACGACAAGGAUUACUUCACCCCUUGCCGGAAAAUUGGAAACCAUGUUACAGUAAACAAGUCAAAGCGUACUAUUACUACGAUCGGAUUACAAAAAAAUCACAAUGGGAACAUCCCAUCGAUGUGUUAUACCGAGCGAAAGUGAUCGAUGCUAGAAAGGCACUCGUUUUCGAUCAAUCAGAUUCUACAUCAUUCGGUGAUUCUGGAUUUCGAAGUUUAAAAUCCAAUUAUAAUAAAUUUUCUACCACGUUCAACACCUAUGAUCAACAUCAUACCAAUGAUCCAGAGUGUGGCAGCAGUCUUGCAAUGUCGGACCAGCAACUGAAGAAAACCAAAAUUAAUCCGGAUGCAAAGAAGCCCGAACAGUUAGAUGGUUUCACUAAUAUGACCACGUUAUCGUCCGCAAACGAGGAAAGUGAUUCGAACAAAGAAAACAACAGUCAAGAUGCUGCUGUCGGUCUUGCUAAAAACCAAAGCAAUAUUGAUUCGGCUAUUGCUUUCACGAAAAAACUAUCUUUUAACACGAACGCCCAUGAUACAAAGAGUGAACUUAAAGAAUCAGUAAAAUUGGGAACUGAUAGUAAAAUGGGUUGUACUCUUUAUGGCUUUACUAUUACCGGCACGGGAUCACAAUUUUUGAAGUCAAACAAGAAGCUGGAGUUUGGAAGUUUAGAUUUAGGGCGCAAGCCUGAAUCGGAAAUGAAAGGCAUUCUGCGUGAUACAAGUUUGAGUUACGUGCGUUCGAAAAGCACUCCAAACGACGACUCGGGAAAUGAUGAAAGAAAAAGUGUUCGCUUUGAUAUUGAUAUCGAUGCAGAAAAAUCCGCAAACGAAAUUAAAGCAGAAACAGAAUCAGCCCUCGAUGCUGAUGCGUCAUACAUACAGACAGAUGCUGAAGCUGAAGCAGACGGCAACAUUGAUGAUCGUUAUGAUGUCGAAGAUAAUUUGGAUGAUCAGGAAAAAGAAAAUGAUGUAAAUGCAGAUAAAUUCAAACAAACAUCUUCUUCAGAAUCGUCAGAACUAGAUUCUGAAGUAUUAACAGGUGUUGGUUUGAAAAUUGUCAAUGAAGGCAAAUCGUUUUCGACGGCAGUAUCAACGUCAAAAGCAAUAAACGAUGAAAUGUUGGAUGAUCGUGAUAUGGAUUCUUUACGAUUUCUCAGACAUUCGAUCGAUCAAGAACGUGAACGUUACAAGGCUAAGCUAGAAGAGGAGUUGCGAUCUCUUGCGACGCUAGAAGAAAGCAAAAUGCAGAUCGAAUUAACAAACGAACGUAGUCGGUACGAAGAACUGCUGUUCAAAGAGCGGCAGCGUAUGAAGGAACAACAUCAGCAAAAUAUUGACGAAAUUAAAGAAUUUUAUCAGGCAAAGCUGAGCGAAUUAAAAGCUGACUACGAGGAGGAAAAUGCUAAAGAGUAUGUGGUGUAUCAAGAAACGCUCCAGGAAGAGUUCGAUCGGCGUGUUAAGGAAGUGACUAACACACACAGGACUACGAUGGCGAAAUUGCAAAAGAACCACGACGAAAUCGUUGAAGAACUGGAGCGUGACCUGAAGAUGGAAGAGGAGUUGCUAAAAAAAGAGCACAACACCAAUCUGGCAGAGAUCAAAAUCAAACUAACCCAUGAGCUGGACAUGGAACGGCAGCGUAUGCGCGAGACGGGAGAGGACCGAUUGUACGAGAAGGUACGCUGCGAGAAACGGUUGCUGGAGGACAAGUACAAAUGUUUGAAGGAAAAGUAUACUCGUUUGAAAACAGAUGUACGCAUUUCGUUAGAGCGCCGUAAAAAAAGGCGUGAACAGCAACAACAGCAGCAGCAACAUAGCUUGCUUAGCAACAGCUAUGAAACAGACGAUCGCACAAACUCCAAACCGUUGCCAUCCUACUCCUAUGAGAUCGGGAAAAGCAUCUCGGGAUCGUCCGCUGUAAAAGCAUCAAUGAUGAUGUCAGAAAAAUCUCAACAACUCAGCAACGCAUCCCAAUGUGCGGCCACCAAACGAAUUUCCACCCCAGGAGAUGGCUAUGCAAUGGAAUCGAAGCACAAUGUGCUACAUUUAAACAGUGCCGGAUCCAACGAGUCUCGAAAAUCUGCCUUUUUGCAGAACCAUACCAACAACAAUAACAAUAAUAAUAAUACGCAAAAACAUCCGGUAGAUGAUUCGAGCCAAAGUGAGAUCAGAUAUUCCAAACACUACUUCCAAGUGAAGAAUAUUUUUGGAAGCGUUCAGCACGAGGACAACUUCAGUUCCGAUUCCGAGUUUCAUAAGAUGAGUUGCGACAAUGGCGGAGUGGAAAAUUCUUGCAGCAGCUCUUUCACUGGCGCUGCGGCAACUGCAGCAGCCCGUCCAAAGAGAAGAAUUUUCACCAAAACCAAAUCAUCUUCCACCUCUAAGCUGAAUUCGAGUAAGCACGAUCGUGAAACAGGUGCUAAGGCUUACACGCCUGUGGAAAAUCUGCGCGUACAGCUGAAAAAGCUAGAAGAAUUGGAGGAUCAAAUUCCUGAUUGCAAUCUCGAUGCGCCGUACCAUUUGCGAUAUCCAUUUGUUAAUAACAUUACUAACGUGGAAAACAGUAAGACAACUGCUAGUGCCUGUGCGCAUGGUGAUACAGGUGAAACUGAAGUUGGUACCACCACCGACAGGAGUGAGUUGGAGUUCUUUAAACACCGUAUUCUACUCGAACGGGAUUCUGUUAUGAGAGCGAAGGAAUCUUUACGUGCGCAGAAAAAUGUAUUCAAAUCUAAACAACGUGAUAUUGCGGUAAAGCACGCGAUUAAGAACAAACAAACGGUAGAUCAAAUAUUUCAUGAAGAAAAAGAACUGACCGAAAUGGAAGUAUCGCUUCAUCGCACACGUGCAUUACUUGGAGAAAAAGUAAUUAGAUUGCGUCAUCUAGAAAAUUCAUUACAAAAACUCUCCGAAAAAGAGCAUCCCAUUCGGACAGGUUCCAGAGAGAUUCCGCUUAAACCUAAAGAAACGCUCAGCGAUUUGUCCUCAUAUUCCAGUUCGGGUUUCAGUAGCACUGAUGUACCAACUACUGAACAUUAUGGUCGGUUGCAGGCGAGAGUUUCAACAAGAAACCCUGACCCCACUGAUACGAUUACAUAUUUAAAACAUUUACACACUGAGAUACAGGAAAUUUGGAGUUUACUGAAUCCAAGCAAUGGUACCGCACCUGUAAUGAGAUUCGAUGAGAUGGAUUUUCUUAACAACACCGCAACGGUACAGUAUAAUAUAACGCCUGGCAAACAGUGCUGCGACGUAGUUCUACCACCAACAACGGCGACUCCAACCUUCAACCAAACAUCAGGCGCCAUUUUUUCCGGAGUACAUCAACCAAUGUCUAGUUAUAUCCAAAAUCAACAUCAUUAUACGAUCACUCUACUCGAGAAGACUCGCGAUCUUAAAAACUGGUUACGUCAAGCUAAAACUGAACAUGAGAUUUUGAAAAAACAAACUCAUGGAGGUUCGGAAAAUGUAGUACCAAACAUUCAUAUUUAAUUUGUGAGCGAUUGUGUACUUUGAAUCAGUAUUAAAAAAAAUUGGAAAGUAUAUGGAGAAAAAGCUCUUAAAGUCAAAAAUAACAUUUCCUUGUGGAUACAACGGGAAGACAUUUACCGUAGGGUUAUGGUGAAGGAUUUACAUACUACAAUUUAUGAUAAAAACUACACAUCCUCGUGUGAUUUCAAAUAUAAAACAAGACGUUUUCCAUUACACGGUGAUAUUUCCCAUUAAGUGUAAUGCUAGUUCUUGAAUACCAUCAGAAAAGAAUGUUUGGUUACUUUGGCAUUUUAAUUAAAUUAAAUUCAAUGUCGUCGUUUUUAGUUCUACAAUAUGCAGUUGGUUCCUCGACAGGACCAGAUUUAGUUAUAGAUUUAUUUCAAUUGCUGUUACAAUUUAGUUAUUGAUUUAGAGAGGCAUUCCAUUAGAAUUUAUAUUUUUUUAAUUAAGAGGUGAUGUCCGAGACACACGAUAUUUCAUACACGCAGUUUUUAAAAGUUGUUUUUUUUCAAAAAAGAAUAUAUUGUUUGAUUUUAAUUUUUUUCUCUCAAAAUCUCGCCCAAAAUGCUACAUGCAUUACAAGUAAAUAGUAGGCGAAACUGAUUUCAUUCGUUUCAAAUCUAAACGAUAUUGCUCCCGGAUGUUUAAGAUAGGAAAAUUUCCGCGUUCUGCAUUAGCACGGGUUUUUUUUGGGGACUAAGGUUUAUUAUCAUAUUAUUGUAAUUCAUGGAAUCAAUCAUUCAUGCUUAUUCCAAGAAAGUUAACUAAAUUAAUAAAUUUUAGAAGCGAAUCAUGAAGUACGUUAUAACUGUAAGUGGUCAGGAAAUAGAUGGUAAAUGCACACUUUUAAGAUGAAACACAUUUUCCUAUAAUCCUACGUCUGUUAAAGCCUGUAAAAUGAAAAAAAUGCAUCGAGGUACUACCGACAGUCUGGCAAACUAUCCAGAGUUUUGGAAAAAAAAAACACUUGGGAAAAAUAUAAUAUAUUUCGUUCAUGUUUUCCUUUGCCAUGGGAUAUAAAUGAAUAGUUUACUUCUUUGCUAAAAAGUUUAUCUUCAAUCAGACCAUCUUUUUCAGUUCAAAGCAGAAGCAGCAUCAUUUCAAACCAGAAGAUACAAUAUGAUCAUGUGUACUACUUCUUGAUGACGACAACUUCCUGAAAAGGUUUUUCUACAUGAUCGGAAGUCCUGUGGUCUGAGGAAAAGAACAUUUUCAUUUUGCUGCUCAUCUAUUAUACAACCUGCUUCAUUGGGAACAUUUAGUAGAAGUUCUCUCCUAUAUGUUAAGCCUAUAUUACGUAUACAUUUUCAAAUGUAUAGCUAUACGUAUUCGCAAUGGCUGUUACAAAUUAACACAUAACACUAUCCAAGUUCGUCUGUCCCCAACAGGUUAGGUACAAUUUGUGAUACGCAGGAGGAUUCGGCAGCAAAAUUUUAAAUACAGUCCAUUUUAAAGCAUAAGUUAAAACAGUAAAUUCCGGCCAUUUCUGCUGCUAAUGAAUCAGUAUAGUUGAAUUUUAAAGAAAAUUAUCAAAACCUUUAAUACUUUUAUUGAUCAAGCUUCCAGUGACCAAACCAAUGAUGGAAAUGACUCUAGAGAAAAACUGUAAACUGCAAAUGUGUAAUUGCAAAGUAAGGGGUGCCGCCGUGAGAAAAUUUAAUAAUUUUGUAGGUUUUAAAUAAACAAAAAAGAGCAUUAGUAAAGUAGCAAUUAAAAAAGUACAGGAAUCGUCAACAAUUUGAUUUUACAUUACAAAGCUUAUUACUAAUUUUUUAACUGUCAAUAGAAUGUUUUAUAGCGGUAAACAUUCAACUAUUCAACAGAUAUCAAACCUUUCUUCUUUUACUUGUUUGCUAAAUAGCCCUUAGCCGAAAUGUAAAGUUCUAUUGACAGUUAGAAAUGAUCUGUUAAAUCUUGUAAUUGCAAACGUGAAGAAUAGUACAUAAAUAGUACAUUUACCUUACUUGUACAGGAAGUGUAUGUAGAAUUCAAUUCGCAAAACCGUUUCUGCGAAAGUAAAAUCAAUAUUUUGCCAUAAAAAACAAAAUAGUUCUAAUUCACAUUUUUUUUAUUUUUCAAAUACCUUUUCGGUAAAAAUGAUUACAUUACAUAGAAAGAUUGAUAAACAGCGUAAUGGCAUGCAAAACAACUGAUUUCUUUUAAGAAAAUUACCAUGCUAAUCGUGUACCAAAUUUUGAAUGCUACAACAAAACAGUCGUUCAAUACUGAUUAACCUUCAUUUCAAUGACCACCUACCCGGGUAUGUUUUGCACUUUUAAUAUAUAUAAAACACUUGAUAUAAAUGGGGCUAUUAGCUUCAAACUUUAAGAAUGACUAGAAAAACAUGUUUUCUAUCAUAUAAGCAAAGAACCGAUUUUUGCAUUGUUUUAAAUAUACUUUUCAUUCAAUAUUCUAUAUUCUUACUUCUAUAACCACCUGCCCGGGUAAGUAAUAAAUUUUUGGAGAAGUUUUACAUAGAGAAGUUUACAUGGAGAAGUUAAUAAAAUGAAGGUAAAUAAUUUAAUACAUUUUUUUAUUGAAAAUUUGAAGCCAACACAACAGCUAAAAACGAAUAUAUUUAUAUGUUGCAACACAAAAAAGGCCAACACCCGUAUAAAAUGCAUGACAUACUCAGGCAGGUGAUUAUGGAAGUGAAGGUGUAAAAAGUAUGAUUCGAAAUAAAAAAAAAGGUAAAUGUUUAGUAUGAUACUGUGUUACAAUUAAAUUGAAGUCAAAACAUCUUUUAAACUUAAAUAAAAACGAAUUUCAAUGUGGAAAAGUGGAAAAUUCAAUAAAAAAAAUUGUGUGACCUACACGGGUAGGUAGUUAUAGAAGUAAAGGGUGUAUUUUUAGUCAUUGAAACGAAAUUUAAACAAAUAAUGCAACCAAACAUUCUAUACAAAAACAAUAACAAACUACAACUU